GCAGCUGAUCGGAACCCCUCGGUAGAUGCCUCAAGAGGAUGAUGGCUACGCAGAGGAAGCCGACGACGCAGUCCUCCUACGACCGCACGCUAGCUCAUCAAGGUCUGUGCAUCGGCACAACAUUCGACCGAGCGCAAAGGCACGCCAGGCGUUUCUCGACCUAUACGACUGGCUGUCAGGCCCACUUGUAGGCUAUCGUCGUCGUCGGCCCUACGAACCAGUAUAUCGCAGUGGCAGCACGAUGUCUGCCGAAGCCGUUCAGUCGCGUCACGUUGACUUGCCCCCGUCUCGACGUGAUGGCGUGAUGAAGCGAGUCUAUCACAACCUGCCUCGCAUACCAAAGUCUCAAGCUCGACUUGAUGAACCGACUACCCCGGCAUUGCUGCGUAAGCUCACGGGCAUGCAAUGGCUGUACUUCUUUGCCAUCUUUAUAGCCUGGAUGUCAGAUUCCGUCGACUUCUUCUCCGUCGCGCUCAACGUCACGCUCCUGCGCAACUUCUUCGCAACAAAACAACCAGACAUCUCGAUUGGUGACAUUACGACCUCCAUCACCCUCACUCUCUUAUUCAGAACACUUGGCGCUAUCAUCUUUGGCAUCGCUGCCGAUAAGUACGGUCGCAAAUGGCCCCUCGUUGUCGAUUUGCUGCUCUGUGCUGCCUUUUCGCUCGCUACGGGCUUCGUCACCACCUUUGAGCAGUUUCUCGUCGUCCGAUCGUGCUUCGGCAUCGCCAUGGGCGGCGUCAGCGGCAUGACCAUUGCCAGCCUCGAACGCUUACCCAUUGAGACCCGUGGCCUCUUGGGCGGCGUGCUCCAGCAAGGCUAUUCGACCGGGUUCUUGGUUGCCUCGAUCUUCAAACUUGCAUACGUAGACAGUCAUACACAUGGCUACUGGCAGGCUAGCUUCUGCGCACAUCGAUUCCUGCACGAUGUCAAGAUUGCAGCAAGACGCCAUUGGCGACGUUUUCUUUAUGCCGUCGCUCUCAUGGCUGGCUUCAAUUUCUACUCGCACGGAUCUCAGGACUUGUAUCCGAGCUUCAUCCAGCAGACAAAGGGUCUGAGCGCAAGCCUGGCGACGAAGUCCACCAUCAUUGGAAAUCUGGGCGCCCUUGUCGGUUCGCUGGCUGGCGGCUUGUCUCAGCACCUCGGCCGUCGCCUUACCAUCAUCGUGUGCUGCAUCUGGGCAGCAUGCUUCAUACCGCUCUGGAUCCUGCCGAGCAGCUUCAGCGCGUUGGCUCUGGGCGCAUUUUGCUUGCAGAUUGGCAUCCAAGGCGCCUUCUCCGUCGUACCCGCCUAUCUGCUCGAGCUGUCGCCAGUUGCUGUUCGUGCGACAUUUCCGGCAGGCGUGGCUUAUCAGCUCGGUAAUGCCAUCUCCGCAUCGAGUGCUCAAAUCGAGGCCCGGGCAGGCGAAGGUCUCAUGACGCCCGAAGGCCGGCCAGACUAUGGCAAGGCACAGGCCAUCCUCGUCGCCGUCGUCUCGAUCUACCUUAUCGUCCUCGUCUGCUUCGGCCGGGAGUAUCCCGAAGGUGAGAGCAAGGAGGAUGCCAACAAGGAAGAGAGCAACGAGGGAGAGAAAGCGAUAGACGAGGAGAACGCAACAGGCAAGCCGGAAGUUCAGAACACGGAAGAGUAG